UCCGUCCCGGCAUUCGAAGCCAAGUUGCAGCACGAAGGGUUGGUCUACCGGCACUUGGACGAAGUUCAAGGAGAGCUUAUACCAGUCUACCUUGGGAACAUCUUUUUCAUCCAUCCUUACUUUUUUGAAGUUAGGGUUAGAAUAGUUCACAUGUUGGUCAUGUCAUGGGCAGGCGAGCAG